AAAAAGCGGAAGAAGAGACAAAAACAACAGCAUCGGCGGUGGCGGCGGUUUCCCGGCUCUCGGGCAAUAGUUGACCAAAAAGGACAACAGAGCAAAUCCGGCGAUUACCUGUUCGGUAUCAAAAAGUGCCGGCGGUUUGUGUACGGUUAAUACAGCUGUCGUUGUUUACGUUUACCUACAAAAAUGGCGUUAUUCGGUAAGUUGUUCGGCAGCGGGGGCAAGGGUGGGAAAGCGCCGACACCCCAGGAGGCUAUCCAGCGACUCAGAGAGACCGAGGAGAUGUUGGCCAAAAAGCAGGUCUUUUUGGAGAAGAAGAUCGACCAGGAGCUCAUGACGGCGAAGAAGAACGGCACGAAAAACAAACGAGCGGCUCUACAAGCCUUGAAGAGAAAAAAGCGUUAUGAGAAGCAGCUGGAUCAGAUUGACGGGACGCUGUCUACCAUUGAGUUCCAGAGAGAGGCGCUAGAGAACGCCAACACCAACACAGAAGUGCUCAAGAACAUGGGCUUUGCCGCCAAGGCAAUGAAGGCUGCACACGAAAACAUGGACAUAGACAAAGUAGAUGAUUUGAUGGCGGAAAUCACAGAACAGCAGGAAUUGUCUCAGGAAAUCUCAGAUGUCAUUUCCAGACCAGUCGGCUUUGGAGAAGACUAUGAUGAGGAUGAGCUUAUGGCUGAGCUGGAGGAGCUGGAACAGGAAGAGCUGGACAAAAAUCUUCUAGAAAUUGAAGGAACAGAAGACGUCCCUCUGCCAAGCGUACCAUCUACAUCACUACCAUCUAGACCAGCAAAGAAGAAGGAGGAAGAAGACGAAGACGACAUGGCAGACCUUGAGGCCUGGGCAGCUAACUAAGGCAGCUAGCUAGCGCCCUUCUCCUGUCUGUCUCUAUGCUGCCAGAUUGGUCCCACACAUCUUGAGGACAGACAGAGACUCUGGGCUGCUGAACUGGCUCAUAAAGUCGACAUCCCAAUAUCUAACCAUAACCCAACUUUAAAGUAUGCACUUGUGCACAUGUUUGCUGACUCAAAAAGAAGUGAAACGAGGCUUUUCUCUUCUGAUUAAUGUUACAGUAAGAACCUCUUUGCUCCAGCUGCACACUCCUCUGUUUCUAAAGGGCACAGAGUAUGGAAAGCAAAUGUCAUGCCCUAACGACCUGUGGUCAUAUUUAUCGAAGUGCAAUUUUUAAGAAAAAGAGUGCAUGAAAGAGCACUUAGGGCAGGAGCGUGCAAGUGCAUACUUCUAGGGAAGGGUGUGUGGAAGAACAGGACAAGGCUUGUUUCUGGGAGGAAUGUGAAGAAUCAACAGAUGUGUGGGGAAGAAAAGCAAAAACAGAAAGACGAAAUGACCCAGCCAUUUUUCUGCUUCCUGCGUUGUCAUAUCUCUGCUCCUCUAAGAUGGUGACAACAACCCCUUCGUCCAUACCAUCUCUGCUAAAUGUCAACUACAGCAACAAAAAAGAUAAAUUAUAAAAGUGUAGGACUUUCUCAUUGAAAUAUCAGUGUCAAACUACAAAACGAGGACAUGUUACAGCAGUGGAACUCUUCAGUAAUGACAAAACAUCUUGUAAUGGGAGGAUCCAGGGUUCAGUCUCUCCAUCAGCCAUAACUCCUGCCUGAAUGCCCAUGGGCAGCUUCUUGUUUACUUAUCAGGAGGCCAUCUGGGUCUCAUCGGUUAUAUUACUAAAAUGUCAUGUGAGGGGAAAAAAUAAAAACAGAGAAAAAACAUU